ACAUGAAUGCCUGACUUAGUGCAUUCAUGAAGUUUUUGUUUCAUAUAGAAAAUAGCUGGUUAUAGUCAAACGUUGUCUAUUUAGUUCUUGUUCUUCCUGGCUCAUUUACUUGUAUAAUAUUUAACAAUGGAGGAUGCCGUUACAGACUUUUCUUUAUCGCUAUACAGAGUUUUGUCGGAGAGGCAUGGCAAUUUAUUCCUGUCUCCUUACAGCGUGUCUGCCGCCUUAAUGUUAACCAUGCUGGGCACCAAAGGGGAAUCUGAGGCUCAAAUUAAACAGGUUUUGGGUCUCUCUGGAAUUCCUGAUCCACACAAGGCUUACAAAGAGCUACAUUCUAAUCUGACGGGGAAAUCUAAAGAAGGGGCUAAGCUGGCCAUUGCGAACCGAAUAUUUUCCAAACUUGGAUUGGAUAUUAGGGAUGUUUACAAGAAGGAAUCGUUAGAGUAUUACAACAGUGAGAUGGAACUGUUAGACUUUGUAGGAAAUCCGGAGGGGUCAAGAACCAGAAUAAACACGUGGGUUGAAGAACAGACUAAUAAUAAAAUCAAAGAUCUGAUCCUUGAAGGAGGAAUUAAUGCCCUGUCUUUGAUUGUACUGACAAAUGCAAUUUACUUUAAAGGCAAUUGGGAAAAUGCAUUUCAAUCAUCAAAAACAAAAUCUGAAAAAUUUUACAUUUCUGAGACAGAAACUGAAAUGGUUGAUAUGAUGCAUAUGGAAAAGAAAGAAUGGCUGUAUAGUGUUUCUGUAUCCUUAGACUGCAAAGUGUUGAAUCUUCCCUAUAAGGGAGAGGAACUGAGCAUGCUCAUACUUCUUCCAAACAAAAUAGACGGGCUAUCCAAAUUAGAAUCGAGUCUCACGAUGGAAACAUUCCAAGAACUAACAAACGGAUUUUUUCGAGAAGAUGUAAUAGUAUCCAUUCCAAAAUUCAAACUUGAGAGUUCGUUUGAGCUUGACAAAGUUCUUGCUGGAAUGGGUGUCACCGACAUUUUCUCUACUAAAGCCGACUUUAGCGCCAUGAUGGAGAAUCCGCCAAGGGACACUUUUGUUUCUGACGUCCUUCAUAAAGCAUUCGUUGAAGUCAAUGAAGAAGGCACAGAGGCUGCCGCUGCCACGGCUGUUAUAAUGAUGAUGAAUUGCAUGCCAAUGAAGCCAAUGGUGUUUAAAGCGGACCACCCCUUCUUGUUCCUCAUCAGAGAAAAUUCAACUGGAACUGUGUUGUUUAUUGGACGCUUCACCAAACCAGCUUAAUAUCCUUAUUUAUGCAUUAUAUUUACAUUCGUUGUUUUUUUUUUCUACUAAGCCAACUGUGAAAAUGAUUUGAAUACCAUUUCUUUGUAUACACACGCGUAGAAAUAUACAGUACACAGAGAAACUCGCUCUGACAUGACGUCACAAUUAGGCUACAUCGACGUUGGUACGAAUUCAACAAAAUAUGGUCGCAAGAAAUUCAAAUAUUGAGUACUGUGGUUAUUAAUAUUUGUUGAGCACCAAUUUUCGAGGAUUUCGUUGUUGAACAGAUCCUAGAAAUUCAUUGUUCAUUGAUUGAAGAAAUGUUAUUUAUAAGUGUAGGCAAUGCUUUUGUCCUAUCCCCGAAAACGUCUGUUUUACACAGUAAAGUUAAAGUUAUAAAUCCAAUGUAAAUCGAUGAUUUUUUUAAAAAUAAAAAUACAUACU